CACCGAGCCGCCUCGUUUCUCUCGCCUCGUCACGCCCUCCGCCCCCUCUCAGUCAACAGCCGAUCUCCAAAAUUUCUCCCCCUCCUCCUCCUCGCUUCUCCAUCCUUCUCCUCUGAUCUCUCGCCGGAGCCACGACCCCGGCCAGCCUCCGAGCUCACCGAGCCCAAACCCCUAUUUAUACCCCGGGGAGGCAGAGCAGCAUCCUCCAUUCCCAGGGGCAGCCAGCCGAGACGUGGGGUGGAGCUUCGGAGCGGGCCGCGGAGAUGGGCCUCGUCCACUGCCUCCCGCCUCUGCUCCUCCUCCUCCUGCUCUCGGCCUCGGUCGGCGGGGAGAAGGGCCUCUCGGCCUCUGCCUACGAGGCGCAGUUCGAGGCGUGGUGCGCGGAGCACGGCAAGGCGUACGCGACGCCCGGGGAGCGCGCGGCGCGGCUCGCGGCCUUCGCGGACAACGCGGCCUUCGUCGCGGCGCACAACGCCGGCGCGGCUGCCAACGGAGCGGGAUCCCCGUCGUACACGCUCGCGCUCAACGCGUUCGCCGACCUCACCCACGACGAGUUCCGCGCCGCGCGCCUCGGGCGCCUCGCCGCCGGCCCGGCCCCGCUCGGGGAGCCGCGUUCGUCGGACGGGGGCUUCGAGGGCCGCGUGGGCGCCGUGCCCGACGCGCUCGACUGGAGGCAGAGCGGCGCCGUCACCAAGGUCAAGGACCAGGGCAGCUGCGGUGCUUGUUGGAGCUUCUCAGCUACAGGUGCCAUGGAAGGAAUAAACAAGAUUACGACGGGCUCUCUUCUCAGCCUUUCUGAACAGGAACUAAUCGAUUGUGACAGAUCCUACAAUGCUGGUUGUGGCGGUGGGCUCAUGACCUAUGCCUAUAAGUUUGUGAUUAAAAAUGGUGGGAUUGACACGGAGGAUGAUUACCCGUUUCGUGAAGCAGAUGGAACAUGCAACAAGAACAAACUGAAAAAGCAUGUGGUAACAAUCGAUGGCUACAAGGAGGUGCCUCCUAGCAAGGAAGACUUGUUACUCCAAGCUGUUGCCCAGCAACCUAUUAGCGUAGGAAUAUGUGGCAGCGCUAGAGCAUUUCAGCUAUACUCCCAGGGUAUCUUCGAUGGUCCAUGCCCAACAUCUCUUGAUCAUGCAGUCCUAAUUGUGGGAUAUGGUUCUGAAGGUGGCAAGGAUUAUUGGAUUGUGAAAAAUUCUUGGGGUGAAAGAUGGGGAAUGAAGGGCUAUAUGCAUAUGCACCGAAACACUGGCUCAUCGUCAGGUAUCUGUGGCAUAAACAUGAUGGCAUCGUUCCCGACAAAAACAAGCCCGAAUCCUCCUCCUUCACCGGGCCCUGGCCCAACCAAAUGCAGCGUUUUUACCUCCUGCCCUGAAGGAUCCACAUGCUGUUGCUCAUGGCGUGCCUUGGGAUUCUGCCUUUCCUGGAGCUGUUGUGAACUGGACAAUGCAGUUUGCUGCAGCGACAACCGUUCUUGUUGCCCCCAUGACUAUCCCAUAUGUGACACAGCUAGAGGACGUUGCUUGAAGGGCAAUGGCAACUUCUCCAGCAUAGAGGGAAUCAAGAGGAAGCAAGCUUUCUCCAAGGUCCCCUCUUGGAAUGUGCCUGCUUUUCGCCUCGCCUUCUUGCUCCGGCGAUCCUAUAAAUUGGGCAGGUCGGUGUUUCUUCGUGUGUCAAGCAUCAUGAGCGCCGCCAAUGGGAAGAGCCCCAUAGUGGUUGGGCCCUGGGGAGGGACAGGAGGAUACCCCUGGGACGACGGCGUGUACUCGACGGUGUGCCAGAUCAUGAUCACCCAUGGCGCAGCCGUCGACUCGAUAAGAAUCCAGUAUGACCUCAAAGGGCACUCGAUCUGGUCGCAAACGCACGGGAGCACGGAGGACGGGUCUGAAACAGACAAGGUGAAGCUGGAUGUUCCCGGGGAAACCCUACUGUCCGUGAGCGGCCACUACGGAUCGGUCUGCGGGAGCCCGAUCAUCAUAAGAUCGCUGACGUUCCAGAGCAACCGCUCCAAGUACGGGCCCUUCGGCACCGAGGACGGCACGCCCUUCUCGCUCCCGGUGAGCAGCGGCAAGAUCAUCGGCUUCCAUGGACGGUCCGGGUCGUACCUCAACUCCAUCGGCUUCUACCUGAAGCAGGUCCACGUUCCGAUCCCGAGUCCCCCGAGCUACCCAGCCUCGCCGCAGAUCCCGACGGCGGCGGCGUACAGCAGACAUGGCUACACCGUCGCCGAGGUCGAUGAUGAGCCUGAGCACGACAUGGCCCUCGCGGUGCGGGACCGGGCCGACGGCUACGCCGUCUACGGCGCCGGUUACCCUAAGCAGCAGUACGCGCAUCCGUCCCCGGACUACCACGAUGGAUCGAUCAUGAACAAGAUGGUCUCGUACCCUAGCUCGUACAGGGCGGCGGCGAUGAGCGGGCCGGAGACGCACGGGCCCUGGGGCGGCAGCGGCGGCACCAUCUUCGACGACGGCGUGUACACCGGCGUGUGGCAGAUCAACCUGACCCGCGCGGUGGGGGUCACCUCCAUGAAGGUGCUGUACGACCGGCACGGGCAGGCGGUGUGGGGCAACAAGCACGGCUUCAGCAGCGGCGUCCCGCCCGACAAGAUCGCGUUCGACUUCCCGACGGAGGUGCUGACCCACAUCACCGGCUACUACGGCCCGACGAUCAUCAUGGGCCCGACGGCGGUGCGGUCGCUGACGUUCCACACCAACCGGCGGCGCUACGGGCCCUACGGCGACGAGUACGGCACAUACUUCUCCACCAGCUUCGCCGACGGGCGCGUCGUGGGGUUCCACGGCCGGGAGGGGUGGUACAUCGACGGCAUCGGCGUGCACGUGCAGCGGGGCAAGGUGCCGUCGUCCUCCCUCAGGCGGGCCGCCAGCAGGAGUCCGUCGCCGGCUCCGCGGUCCGACUACGACCCGGGCGACGUGGACGAGGAGGUGCCCUACGCGGCCAUGGUGAAGGAGCCGGCGGCGGCGGGGCCGGGUCCCUGGGGCGGGCCGGGGGGCCGGGCGUGGGACGACGGCGUGUACGCCGGCGUGAACCAGGUGUACGUGACGCGGGGCGCCCUCAUCGGCUCCAUCCAGAUCCAGUACGACCGCGGCGACCGGUCGGAGUGGUCGGCCAGGCACGGCACCUCCGGCCACAUCACGCACCGGGUGAAGCUGGACGCGCCGCACGAGGUGCUCACCUGCGUGCGCGGCUACUACAACGCCGACCCGGCCGAGGGGCCCCGCGCGCUGCGCUCCAUCACCUUCGUCAGCAACCGCGGCAGGUACGGCCCGUUCGGGGACGAGGUCGGCACCUACUUCUCGUCGCCGGCGACGGCCGAGGGGAAGGUGGUCGGGUUCCACGGCCGGAGCGGGCAGCACUUGGAUGCCAUUGGGGUGCACAUGCAGCACUGGCAAGGGGACCGCCGGGCUGGGCCCAAAUACGUGCUAUCCAAAUACCUCUUCUGAAUGAUACGAGACGGCGCGCUUGUGGCUACUACUCUCUUCGUUUCAAAUUACUCGUCGUGGUUUUAGUAAUUUGGACUGGAGGAAGUAGUAGCUAGACGCAUGUUGAUUAUUCUUGCGACUUGCGUUUUUUAGAAAAUUAUUACAGGGAUGGAGUAGAUUUCUUUUUGUAACAGUCAUGAAAUAAACUAGAUGGUUUUCCCGCGCGUUGCUUCGGGAUUUUAAAAAUUAAAUUUGGAUGCAUUUUGUACAAAUGAAAUGAUCUAAAUCAAAAGCUAUUAUUUUCAAAAA